GCAACAAUAAGCAAUUGAGAAGGAGCGACGAUGAGGUUCGGGCGAAGAGUACCGUGUGUUCUGCCCUAUGUGCUGCUAUUGGUGAUACUGUGCUAUGCCUCCAAAUUAAGUUAUGCGGACCCCGGCACCAAGACUGAUGAUGGUCAGCAGGUCGAGCUAGAGAUAGGUAAUAUAUAUGAUAAUAUUUCCUAUCGUCCUUAUAAAGAUGAAACACUGAAGAACGAAAAGGAGGACGUGACACGUAGGGCUAGUGAGGAAAAAGAUGAUAUAGAUUAUGUAAUUGGACUAGCAAGGGAUCGGUCCGCAGAAUAUUUAGACUCGAUAGGAAUUAACAGGGCAAUAACUGACCGUACGCCCUUCUCCGUGGAUUUUUGGUAUAGGGAAGAAUAUCAAGUGAAAUAUGGGGGAAAACAUGACAAUUGGGCUAUGAGUGGGAGCAAUAGCAAUGGAAGAAAGAUACUAAAGACGGCGAACAGAUGUCCGUCUGGAAACCUAGGGGAUAUAGGAGGGAAUGGAUGCAAGGCGGUAUCCAUAUCAGAAAGGACGAAUUAUUCUCAUGACGUGUUCCUGACGGAUAAAGGCAUACUGAGUUUUUACAUAACAGAACCGAUCGAUCCGAGAGAGGCGUUGUUGAAUGUAAAUGGAAAGGUUAAGUUGGAAGGGAAGAUCAUGGUGGAGUUCUCGUAUGAUUACAGCAUACAGUCAUUAGGUCGGAAGUCGACAAUCCGAUUGAUUAGCUCUACUUCUGGCAUAGAGGUUAAUACAGAUGAUUUGAAUGUCGAAUACACAUGGGAUGUGUGUCAGAGCAUUGAUAUUACCAAGAUUCCUGUUUCUGAAUCUGGUGGUGAAAAUGUAUUUGAUUGUGAAUUGAGGGUGGAUUCAUCAUUAUGCGCGUAUAGCUGGGUGUUCAUUGUCAUCUUUGCCAUUUUAUUAGUAUUGUCUAUUGGUAUGUUGUGUCUCGCCUAUUAUCGUGAUCCAGAUGGCACCGGUAUCAUCCUGUUGAAGAAGCGCCACCAUGAGUCUGAUAACCGCACUCAAAUGUCGCAGUACGAGGACGAUAUGUGACGUGCGCAUGUAUCACGGCUUUCAGAAAUGACGCUGCGUUUUGGUGGUAUCUACUGAGUCCUCCACGACAGAUGACGUCUAUUGUAUUUGGGUUUCUUACCCCGGCCUUUUCACCGCAUUCUGGAGUGUUUGCAUCUUUUUAAUAAAAGUGCGUAUGCUUUGGCAGUGUACGUUGAAGAAAAAUUGUUUUUAACUACCGACGCUCGCGCGUGUUUUAGGGGUUACAGAAGACGGUUUUCAUUUUACAUCUGUCGGCGAUUAACUUUGCCUUUGGGUCUAUGUGUCGGCAGAUAAUGACGCAGGACAAAGACUUCACUUGGUUAACUGUUUUGUACAACUUUCCUACGCGAAUCAGGAAGAUGAC